CCUGCAGCACAAGCUGGAACAUUUACAGGUGCAUAAGUACGUAGGGAAGGGCACAGGUGAUGCACCUGUCUCAGGAAAGGAGCACUAGCACAGGAGUGUCAUAACUUAUCAGCUGCCUGUGUUAGAGCAUGAGCUCCUUUGAUCCGCAAACGCACUCUCCACCACGCUGCAGCCCACAAUUUCCAAACAUUGGUCAAGAACCUCCAGAGAUGAGCAUCUACUAUGAGAACUUUUUCCAUCCACAGAACAUCCCUAGUCCACAGCGACCGAGCACCUUUGAGACAACGGAUUACAACACCACUCCCAAUCCUUACCUCUGGCUAAAUGGACCUUCCAUUACCCCACCACCAUAUCUCCCGGGAUCCAAUGCCAGUCCCUUCAUUCCUCAGUCUUACGGGAUGCAAAGGCAGCUCUUGCCUAACAUGCAUGGCUUGGGAGGAGCUGACCUUGGCUGGCUUCCUCUCCCAUCCCAAGAAGAGCUAAUGAAGUUGGUUAGACCUCCUUACUCCUACUCAGCACUUAUUGCCAUGGCUAUCCAUGGAGCACCCGAGAAGAGGCUGACUCUCAGUCAGAUCUACCAGUAUGUGGCCGACAACUUCCCAUUUUACAACAAAAGCAAAGCUGGCUGGCAGAACUCCAUACGGCACAACUUGUCUCUCAACGACUGCUUCAAGAAGGUGCCCCGAGAUGAAGAUGAUCCAGGAAAAGGGAAUUACUGGACUCUGGACCCAAACUGUGAAAAGAUGUUUGACAAUGGAAACUUUCGCAGGAAGAGGAAAAGGAAGUCUGAUAUUGGGGCUAGUGCUGCUACUCUUGCAUCUGAGAAAUCAGAGGAUAGUGCCCUGAGUGGCAGCCCCAAAGCUGUAGAGCAUCAGGAUAUCUUGGAAAACUCAUCACCUGGGACUGAUGAUUCCCCUGGGAAAGGCUCUCCACCUCCCUCUUCCAGCGGCCCAUGCCUCAGUAACUUCCUCUCCAGUAUGACUGCGUAUGUUAAUGGCUCUAACUCAGGGAGCCGCUCAGUGCCUUUGGGACUCAACUCUGAACCCAUUGACAAAAUGGGACAGAAUAUGGUAGGCUUUAAUUCCUACUCUCCGCUCUCUAAUAUCGCCAGUCAUGGUGUGGGAGACUGGUCCAAUUCUAUGCCUUCUAGCCACCUGGGCCACAGCAACUCUGUGCUCAACCAGUUUAACACCCAUUUUUACAGUAGUAUCGGCACAAAUAACACACUGUAUUCGAGGGAAGGAACAGAGGUCUAAAUGAAGGAUUCUAAGACACUGAAGCAUAGCUGUUUAUGAGAGGAAACGAUCUGUGGGCAGAUGAGUAGCGUUAGCCUGUUGUCUUGGGAUCUGUGCUGCAUCCUACCUUCUGACAGCUGCAGACUUGUUACCCAUUAUACUUACUCAGAUCACAAACACUCCACAUAUGGCAGCUCCACGUAAAAAAUCAGGGAUCAAAACAGCAAGAGUAGUGAAGAGUUCUCCUGAGACACUGCUUGCAUUGCUGCAAACCAUGGUCCUCUACAGCCACCCUUGAGAAGUUACCGUUUGCCUUAGGCAUGAAGCUUUUUUUUGCAUGGUCCUAAUACUGCUAUGCUUUUUAAAGUGCUAACAGAAAUGUGGUUAUAGUUUUAAAUAUCCUCUCUUGCUGAUAUAGACUGCCUGUAGUACACAUAGCAAGUUCUUAUUUGGCUAAAGCCAUUACUCAGACACUGAAGGAUCCCAAAUACUACUGUAUAGUGAGUAACAACCAACACUUGAACACACUGUUUUCUCAUGCUAGAGCGUACUUUGUUUAAAUUUGAUCCUCUUUUUAACUCCAAGGGCAAUAUGGCUGUGGAGCAAGCUGGCAUCAGUUAUUUUGAAACUGAAGGAAGCAUAACGAAGUAUAAUGGAAUUGUCUUCUGCUGCUGCAGUCAGAUCUUAAUGUUUUCAAUUCUAAUUACAGGGUAUUUUUUUUUAAUUGCCUUACACAUGCAAAUCUAUUCACAUAAGGAAAACAGGAUCUGUCCUGAAUAUAGACAUAUUUAAUAUGUGUGUUUUCUAAGAAAAAAAAACAUGUUUGUUCUAUCUCGAUGUUCUACAUGAAUCAUUUCUAUUGAGUGAAGACUUUGAAUAUUGAGGGGUGGGAGAGGGAAGAAGGAAGGGGAAGCAGAAAGUUUAUGUGUCUCUGAGUUUCAAUUCCAAAGGCUGAAUCUUUCAAAGUAUCAACUGCAGAUACUGUAAAAAGUCCCUGUACUGUAUAUUUUUUUUCAUUUUGUAAAAGUCCAUGCUGUUCAUCCUUGUGUAAAUAUUAGAAAUAAUGUUCAUUUUUUUUUCUACACUCUAGCCACAAACAAACUUUCAAAAUGUAUGUUUUUUUCAAACCAAGACUUGAAUCACGUUCCACAUUUAUAUAGAGUACUGUCUCAAACUGGAUAGCCUGCAGCAUACAUAGACAGCAAGUUUAACUGUUCACAGCUGGCCACUGACCAGACUUUUGGAAUGACAGAAAACAUAUUAAUGUUUUGUAACAGAUACCAUUUUGUCUUGAUUUUUUUUUUAACUCUACAUUGUUAUAGUUUUGUUACAGGCCACCCCAGAAGCAUUUUUAAUAAAGCAUUUGUAUAGAA